AUGCGUCUCAUCACCAUCCUCGUCGCAACUCUCGGCUCCCUAGCCGCCGCCGCCGACCUCGGCAUCGAGGUCACCCACCCGGUCGACUGCGAGCGCAAGACCGUCAACGGCGACAAAGUCUCCAUGCACUACCGCGGCACCCUACAAGCCGACGGAUCCGAAUUCGACUCCAGCUACAAGCGCAAUUCCCCCUUGACUUUCGCCUUGGGUACUGGUCGUGUCAUCAAGGGAUGGGACCAGGGAUUGCUGGAUAUGUGCAUUGGCGAGAAGCGCACGCUGACUAUCCCGCCUGAGUUCGGUUACGGCAGUCGUAGUAUGGGGCCUAUCCCUGCUGGGUCGACGUUGAUUUUUGAGACUGAGCUUGUUGGUAUUGAUGGUGUGAAGGAUGAGCUCUGA